UCCUUUACAAAAGAUUAAUGGGAUGUUUGAGAAGAGAGCUGUAUUAAAAGAAGAGUGUUACAAAUGGCUUCAGAACCUAUGAAUGCAAAACAAGCUAGGAAUCGCUUCACAAAGGGGAAAAGGCAACAGCAUCAGCAAAUAAAGAACAGAUCUUCACUUGGUGAUGGUGAUGGAGAAGACUCCUUUAUCUCUGAUGCCAAUGAAACUUGGAAAGAUUUUCAUGGUUCUCUUCUUCAGUUUUAUGAAAAUGGAGAACUCUGUGAUAUCACAUUGAAGGUUGAACUGGUGGCUAGAGCUUGCUGUGAAUACAUGAAGUUACAUUUUCAUCCCUCCAGUUGUCUGGCAGUAAGAGCCUUUGCAGAAAGUCACAAUCGUAUAGACUUAAUGGACAUGGCAGAUCAGUAUGCCUGUGAGCAUUUUCCUGAAGUAGUGGAGUGUGAAGACUUUGUUCGUUUGCCGCUGUUGCCAGUUGAUUUUCUUAUGGGUGCUGUGACAAAAGAACAGAUUGUCAAACAGAACCUAAAAUGUAGAGAUUUAUUGGAUGAAGCAAGAAAUUACCACCUUCACUUGAGUAGCAUGGCAGUACCUGACUUUGAAUACUCCUUUCGGACUACCCCAAGGAAACAUACUGCUGGUGUGCUAUUUUGUGUAGGUGGUCGAGGUGGAUCAGGUGACCCCUUUUGCUGUAUCGAAUGCUAUUCUAUCAACAAAAACAGCUGGUUCUUUGGACCAGAAACGAACAGUCGAAGGCGACGUGUGGGUGUAAUCUCAGUGGAAGGUAAAGUGUAUGCAGUGGGUGGACAUGAUGGAAAUGAACAUUUAGGUAGUAUGGAGAUGUUUGAUUGUCUCACUAUUAAAUGGAUGAUGAAGGCAUCAGUGAACACAAAGAGGCGAGGAAUUGCCUUGGCCUCCUUGGGAGGCCCAAUUUAUGCAAUUGGAAGGUUAGAUGACAACACUUGCCUCAACGAUGUUGAGAGAUAUGACAUAGAAUCUGAUCAGUGGAGUACAGUGGCACCAGUGAAUACUUCCCGUGGAGGAGUUGGCUCUGUGGCUCUUGUGAACCAUGUUUAUGCAGUAGGUGGCAAGGAUGGAGUAGCUUCUCUAUCUAGUGUGGAGAGGUGUGAUCCACAUCUCGAUAAAUGGAUAGAAGUUAAAGAAAUGGGUCAGCGAAGAGUAGGCAAUGGAGUUAGUGAGCUCCGUGGUUGCUUACACGUUGUUGGUGGUUUUGAUGAUAAUUCUCCUGUGAGUUCAGUUGAGCGGUAUGAUCCUCGAAGCAACAAGUGGGAUUAUGUAGCAACCCUUACCACUCCCGGGGGUGGAGUGGGGAUCGCAACAGUGAUGGGCAAAAUCUUUGCAGUUGGUGGUCAUAAUGGCAAUGCAUACUUAAAUACAGUAGAUGCAUUCGAUCCAGUGCUGAAUAGGUGGGAGCUUGUUGGAUCUGUGUCUCACUGCAGAGCUGGAGCAGGUGUAGCUGUGUGUGCCUAACUAGGCAAAUUCGAGAUGUAGGUCGUGGAUCCAAUAAUGUGGUUGACUGUAUGUGACUUGAGUUCUAGCCACCAACAAUUUAAUCAUAUCUGAUAGGCAAGAAAGACUACCAGGAUUUUGUAAUGGCCACCUUUGAACAGUUUUAACUACUACUAGAGUCUCAUUUAAACGUAAACUGUUGUAUUGUGACUACGUGCAACUUUUGAAAUUGUAGCUGAAACUACUAGUAAUAAAGUUGAUACUUCCCACUUUAACAAAUAAUGAAGUAGGGAAGGAAGACACUCUAACCUGAAACCAUACAUCCUCCAAAGAAAAUGUGUUUAAAGGAGUGCCAAAACCUUGAAUUUCCUUUUUUUAAAAAACUACGGAUGAAUCAAAAUGUAAAAUGAAGUCAUUUGCUGAGCUUUACCUUUUGCCUAAAGGUGUUAACCUUAGGCAGUAGACUUUUCCUAGGGGGAUAUUGUGAACCUAUUCAUCAACACAAGGAUAUCAGGACACAUAACAUACCUGCUCCAUUUGAAGAUCUUUUCUACUUGGUGCUGAUGAAUUUUUGCCUUGUUUUUUUCUAGGUGUUGAUUUUUCAAGUCCUUGAAUAUUUACAGAAAUAGGAAAAAUAUUUCAUCUUUCUGAGUGCCCUUUGGCUGUGUUUUCAGAAGCUUAUAGGAAUGCUGUAGGAAGCCCUUAAUUUCAGUUUGAAUUGUUAGGACACAAAAAGAUCUAACUGAACUAAUUCCACCUGAAUGAAUCUGCACUUUUAUUUUUUCAUCUCAUGCCGAAAGGAUUUGUUUCAUAAUCAAAAAUUGAACCAGAGGGGAUAUCAGAGGAGAAGGCUUUAAAGUCAA